AUGUUGAGAUUUUGACAAGCAUUAAAUAGGGCCACAUACAAAUUUGUUGUUUUUUUUAUUGAGUCGGCGCCGACAAAUCUAAAAUAAUUAGUUUUUUAAAGGCAAUUUUAAUAACAUACGCACAAAAAACGCACGCAACUAUACCAAAUAAACUCCGUAUAUUGUUAGAAGGAACAGAGGAAAAAGGGAGCGCAGCGUAGAUUAACAAGAAAUAUGCCUUUGCCUAGCGGUUCCUUCACCCAAAGUGGUCCCACAUGCUUUGACAAAAUGAAGACUGGCUUCACCAUUGGCUUCUGCGUGGGCAUGGCUAGUGGCGCACUAUUCGGUGGCUUCUCGGCGCUCAGAUAUGGACUCCGCGGACGUGAGCUAAUCAACAACGUGGGCAAGGUCAUGCUACAGGGCGGCGGCACAUUUGGCACCUUCAUGGCCAUCGGCACGGGCAUACGUUGUUAAGGGUUCCCCACCCACAACCGACUUGCAUUUGCAUUGGAUUAGACUAGAAUUCCCACUCCCCCACAUAAGCCCCUCCCCUCGACAGAUGCUAAGUUUUCAAGUUAUCAUAAAAUGAAAAAUGUUUUAAAAAUUUACGCUAUGUAUAAGUUAUUGAAAUAGAUGAUUUGUUAAGACAGAAAAUCCAA